GUGGGGGUGCCGGAGGGCCCCUCACAAGAACCAUGGCAGGAGGGAGGUGGAGCUUGUGCGGGUCUUCCCGCUGGGUCCUGUAGCAUGGGCUAACUACUAGGAAGAUGUGGCAAGUGCCUCUCUCUGGUUGGCAGCCUCAUCUGUACCCUCAUUCUCAUGUUACUCUGUGCAUUUCCAAUGUAUUACAUAAUAAAGACAUGGUCCCUUUUAGGGGAAAUGUCCGAAAAACUAAGAAGAUGCAGAAAGGAGCUGACUGCAGCCAUUGACCGGGCCUUUGAAGGAGUCAGUUAUUCCCAGGAAUGCACAGGCCAGCAGAGGCUAGAGCCAGGUGCCACAUCGCUUCCCUUCUCCCUACCCAUGCACAGGGUUCUCUGUAGAAGACACCCUCUGGCAGCCUGCUCCUCUACUGCCCUGUUUGCUGCUGCCCCUUGUGCUUCUGAUAAUGAGAACCCUGCCUUUGUACCAUACCAUGUCCCCGUUAAUGCAAAACCGCACGCUUUAUGCCCCAAAAGAAAACCUCUGACCAGCAAGGAAAAUGUAUUGAUGCACUCCUCCAUUUUGGCACCUGAAAGACAGUUUUGGAGACCUGCAGGAGAUGGGGAAAACUGGAGAAAAGAAAGUUUAAGGAAAGAUAUGGAGAGAGAUUUGAAAGUUGACUCAAACAUGCCGCUCAACAAUUCUGGUCAAGAAGUCACAAAGGAUCUGCUGGAUAUGAUUGACCAUACAAGCAUCCGAACUAUUGAAGAAUUGGCUGGAAAACUAGAAUUUGAAAAUGAAUUGAACCGUGUGUGUGGUCGCUGCCAAGAUUCACCCUUCAAGGAGGAAGCCUGGGCCCUACUUGUGGACGAGAGCCCUCAGAAGUCCUCAGAUGCAGACCCUAGCAGCCUCAAGCAGGCUUUUGAUGAUCAGAAUAUUGUUGAGACGGUUCUGGAUUUGGAAGAGGACUACAACUUGAUGACCUCUUUUAAAUACCAAAUUGAGUAAGGAGAGUUGCUUUUAGCUUGGAUUCUUUACAGUAGAGGCUGCCAUCAGGUAGCCUAUGCAGAAGCAGCCACAACAGUCAUCAGGAGCUGCAUUUUCAGAGGGCUGGCAGAAGCUGAAUUCUUUAGUUGUGUCCCUGAGAACCCAGUUUUUGUAUCCUGUUGCUUUGGGAUAUUUCAUACUGUUGAUUUUUUUUAACUUGUUUUGGAAGUGUUUAAUUAAUGUUCACUAUACCCAGUGCUGAAGGUAGGUAUGGGUUAUGUCUAUGCUCUCUUGGUAUUCUUUUCCUUGGGCCCUUGAAAAAGUGUGGGAGCUACAACCAGGAUGGGCUUUGUGCACCCCCUGGGAUCAGCCCACCCCUAGGCCAGCUUAGCCUAUGCAGAAAAAUCAGCAUCAAGCUAGACCUUAGCCUGGGCCCUCUGAUCCCCUUAUAUACUUUGCUCCUCUUGCACACACAGCUUCCUGUUUCCUGCAUGUGCCCCAUGCCCUUUUCAUGUCCCAAACUACCUGCCCAGUUCAGAGAGUAGUCUUUGUAGAGGUUUCCUUUUUUGAAUCAGAGUUGCUGGCAGAUCUUCUAAAAGGAUAUUCCCAAUUCCCAUUAGGCCUCCUUACCAUGCACCCCCACACAGAUACCUUGGCCCCAGCUGAGUAGAGAAGAUACAGGCUCUGUACCUACAUCUCAUCCGUCCCACAGCAGGUCUGGCUACCAUGGUUGGUUCCCAUGGCAGUGACCCUGCUGGGCUAAGACAGGGCAGUGAAUGAAGGAGGGGCCAGGCUCCUAGACUCCUGAGAUCAGCCUAACAGCAAAAGCAUAGCAGGGCUGACUCCAACCCUACCCCUAGAAAAAAAGGACAUCACCAGCAACUAUUUGCACAAAUAUUUCAAAACCAUGAUGUCUUCUCAGGAAAACAAACUAUUGGGCAAGUUUUUAUAUUUCCCAAAAACUUGAGUCUCAGGGAAUUGCCUACCUUCUGAGAUAAUAAGGGAAGAUAGAACUGGAGGCUGGCACUGGGUGGUUAUUAGAACCAAAACCUGAACAAAUCAGAACUGGGGGAAAGGCCAGUGGCUGAGUAACUGUCCAGUAGGCCAGCAGCCCUGGAAAUAGGUCCAGUUUGAGAUUACAGUCACAUACUUUCACCGCAACUCUGGUGAUUCCUCUGGGCUUGAAGGCAGAGAUCACAGACCCACCCACUCCUAAGCAAAGCUCAGCCUAGCACCUGACUGCGCCCCCAAAACGUGCAGCUGGUCCCUGGCUACUUUUUUUGUUUUGGCCUUCUUGGUGGGUGUUCAUUUGUUCCCACCCAGUAUGGCCAUUGGCACUGCCCUACUUAGGGCAGGAGGAGAGGACAAGGCUAACCAGAGGCUCUUCCUAGGAUACCUGCCAUUCAGUGCCUACAGAAGGCAGCACCCUCAAUAAGCAUGCACAGCCUAUGGAGUUGGAGGUCAGGUUCUUAGUGCUCACAGCGUCCUUGGCUGCCCUUGUUCAGGUGAAGAAUGAAUGAUUUGAAUCAAAGGUGUUAGGUCAUUUGAUGUCAUAUCUCAAACUAGCACAUUUCUAAUACUAUGUGUAGAUAUGAACACUCUCAGAGGAGGUGACGCUCAAUUCCCACUCUCACAUUCUAACUCCACCAUUACCCCUUGUGGUUGAGCUGGGCUUAGUAACUUUUCCCCAAUAACUAAAGGAAAGAAAAAUCAUAAACUUAUAGUGGGAAAACUGCAGGCACUACCUUAACCAAGUGAUUUAAGUUAACAUCAGGGCUGGGGUUGUGGCUCUGUGGUAGAGUGCUUGCCUAGUAUGUAUAAGGCACUGGGUUCGGUUCUCAGCACCACAUACAAAUUAAAAAGUUCACCAAUGGCUAAUAAAAAAAAAAAAAAGUUAACAUCAGUGGUGUUAUGUGGAUGUCACACAUAACCCAACAGGAUGCAGAGAGUGCUUCACCUCAUGGUAUUCUUAUCAAAAUCCAUAUCCCCCCUACCCAGUGUGUAACCAUGAGACAAAUGUCAGAUAAAACAAAAUUGAAGGACAUGCUAAGGGAUCCCUGGCCAGAACCCAAGACUGUCAAGGUCAUGGAAAACAGGGACUCAAAAACUCACAGAUCAGUAGGGAUUAAAGAGAUACAAUGACUAAACAAAAUGUACAAUUCAGGACUGCAUCUAGAACAGAAAGAGAACUUUAAUAGAAAACAAAGGCUAGGGUUAAUGUAUCAAUUUCCUAAUUUUCACAGAUAUACCACAGUUAUAUGUUAGCCCUGGUGAAGGGUCUCUAUGAGCUUGUAUCUUUGUCAAUUUUUCUAUAAAUUUAAAAUUUUAUUCCAAAAUUGCAAUUGAUUCCAAGUUUUCGAGGAUGUGUAUGAGCAAAAAACUGUUUUAUGAGGGGCAAUAAGGAAUAUGGUCUUUUUUUUCCUUGUAUUUUCUGAUUUAUCUGUAACCUGUUAUCACUAAUGUAAAAAAUUAAAACUUUUUGGUUUUGC